AUGCCCCCUUCAUUCGCAGAUCUCUUUCCAGAGAUCUUCCCCCUCAUUGUUGCCCAUAUCCCCCUGCACAUAACCCCAGCGACUGUACGAUCUCUUUCACUCACCAAUCGGCAUGUUUCGGCAGCGACGCUCCCACUCGUGUGGGGAUGCUUGGUCAUCGAGGAUGAGCGCCAGUUUAACAAUUUCGUGAAAAAGAUAUCAAGCGAUCUCAAAUUCGGCCACGGGGUUAGAGAGCUUCACAUCAUGUUGAGGUCUCUCUCACAGAAUCGUUUCGUCGAUGGCUCGUUCAAUGCUGUCAAAAUCCUCGAGGAGAGUAUAAUAUCCGGAGCGCUUCCUAGCAUGCACACGAUCGGUUUGCGCGCCAUUCUCAGCGGUUACGCCGACGAGUGUCCAGACUUCUGGAGAAACGUUAAGAAGUACUGCCCUCGAUUUCGCAGGCUCAUUCUACUAGACAUCUAUGGGACGGAGGAAGCAAUGAGCUUUUGGACAAGACACCCGACUCUCGAGACCGUUGCAAUCUUCACUAGAGAAAAAUAUUCACGGUGGUUCGUGGACCCCUUCCCUCAAGCCUUUUUACCGAACCUUAGGCAUUUCAAGGCCCACUUUCGAGAGGUUAGGGUGCUUGCGCAGAUCUUGCCACAGCUCCGCAGCCUCGCCGUAUGCGACAGUAUAAAUGCACAAGUCCCAUACUUGCUUCACUGCUUCCUCGAGUACCAGAAACGUCAAUAUCGAGGGUACGAGGCUCAGGAUGGCACCUUCCAUGACGGUCGAGAAGGGAGCAUCAAGCGCCAGGGCCAAGCUAGUAAGAGGGAUUUCCUAAAGGAAUACGUACAUUCGAUUGUGCGGGGGGCACCGAACAUCGAAGAGCUAUGCUUCAUUUCGCUGCCAAGUCUGACCGAUCUGAUUGUAAUGUCCAGUGACUUCUCCGGACUGAAAAACCUGAAACGGAUGUAUAUUGAGGUUGCCGCCACCUACGAAGAUGAAGUACGGGAGAACAUCCUUGCUAAUGCCUCGCUAGUGUUGGCACAGCAAUCCGGCCUUGCCUCAUUGGAAUCUGUGACGAAUUUCAAUCCUGAAUUCCCAUUCCCAGUCGCGAAAAUCCAGUGA